UUUUUAGCAAUUCAGCAGCCCCCUUAGAGGAAUAUCCACAUCACUUGUGUUGACUUAUUUUUGUUCCGGGUUGAUCCUUUACUAAGCCAGGCUGCUUUACGAUUUGUUUUAGACAUGUCCCCAGAACUGACUCCAGAGUUCUCCGACCCUCCUGCCGAGUUCCCUUGCCGAACUUGUAACCGUAUUUACAGGAGUCGCGCUAGUUUGCGGAACCAUAGGCAAUCUCACACUGGGAAAACCACCUGCCCAAUAUGCAACAAAGUAUUUUCUGUCGUCAAUAAUUUGAAGCGACACAUGUUACUCGCACACCAAAGUGACAAAUAAAAUGGAAGUGACUCUAAUUUUUCUAAUAAAAAAAACUACGCAUUUAGGUCCAUAUUUUGUUUUUUGUUUUUAUUCCACCGAAAGAAACAUAUUGAGCUCAACUCUUCAAUUUUUGAUUUUACAAUUCAAUUUCACAGGAAUAAAAUAUUUUUCUGGGUUUCAGGUUGAUGUCUAUCUUUGCUUUUAGUCAAAUCGAUUAACCUCUCAAGAGUGAAUGUCCCUUCUUAUAGUUUGAUGAUCCCUUCCUACCUAUAGGACCUUAUCUAAAAGGCCUACACAUAUUUAGACACGUUAAUAAUCGGUUCGAUAGAAUUAAUAUGUCGCGUUAUGGCGCUGGACGCGCUGGCGUUGAGGAUGUGGGAGAGCUAAAUGAGAAGUUGCAUUUGAAAGGGCUGAAAAGAAUGCUGUAUUGAGAAAUUUUGAACAUGAGUUGUACAAAAAAUUAGCCACUCUUUAGAAAGGUAUACCAGAAGGGCGUGAACAAUACCACCACACAUACCAGUAGACUAAUUAUUGAAGUUGAUGAACAAAACAAUAGACAAAGAAGACAUUGGGAGUAUGGGGCGAUCCUAUUGGUUGAAACGAGUGGUUAUUUUAGACUGAAGGGGUAAAUGAUGGACUAACCUUGGACUCUUUUGGGCUGCUGCAUGUUAGUUAGUCACAGCCCUAUGUCCUCUGUGUAUAUAGCUUUGUCUAUCAAUUUCAAUAAUCAGCCUGCAGGCAUGGUUCAAGGUGGAGGAAGAUCAAGAAAAUCGAGCAGCACACGCUUUUAUAGACAACAAGUCUUUACGCGAUUGGCUGGGCUUUAAUCAGUGGAGCUAUCAAUUGCAAGUCUAUAGUCAUUGACUUUGUGGGUGAUGGCUGGAUGAUAGGGUUGAAAAAUUGAAAAAUGAACUGAAUCCAGCCAUCCUUAACGACUUGGUAGAAUAUAAAUGAAAAAUGGGAAAUUAAAAGAAAUACGGGUUGCGUUACUGGAGGGUGGAGGAACACGCGACGUAAUACCUAUUGGCAUUAAUUUUUGGUGCAGGAAGCUUCCAAAUAUGCAAAUCCCAAAGUUAAUUCAAACAGACAAAAUCUUGGAAUAUUGAUCUUAAAUUUCUGUGCAAAUUUGAAGUGAACAGUCAAUUUUCUCUCUCUUAACUCUUUUACUUUUAAGCGAUUUCACACACUUGAAGAACAAUUUAAGCCUCCAAUUGAUGGUAAUGGUGUGUGACAUCUUUUUCUUUCUUUUUUUUAAAAUGUAUGCAUGAUGUAUGAUGUUAAAACUUCACAAAAAAGUUGAACUUACAAACGAAAUCAGAUCUGUGCCAUCAGUUUUAAACUUUUUUCUGAGUCAUCGGGUUCAAUCCUCCUUUGAAACUCCUUUUUUCUAAAUGCCAGUAAAAUACUACAGCCUUGACUCACCGAAGAGCUCAUUUUUCACUUCAUCUUGGGGAAAUGUUGCAUCAGCCUCCAAGUGAAACAGUUCCUCUAAAUCUUGCUGCUCUGCUGUUUGUUCUAGAUUAUUUUCCUCGACGAAACCGUGUUUCUUCCGAUUCCGCCGAAGUGUUAACAUGUGCUUUUUGCAACCGCAUCUACAGAAGCCCACAAAGUUUAGCAAAUCACAUGAAAAGUCACUCUGGGAAAACCACGUGUGCAAUUUGUAACAAAAUUUUUGCCACCGUAAACGGUCUAAAGAGCCACAUGAUAUCCUUCCCUUACGGAGCCCUGCGUUUGCUUAUUCUGAAGUAUCCUCCUGUCGUAUCUGCAACCGCAUCUACAAAAGCCAUCAAAGUAUGAUGAAUCACAUGAAAAGUCACACCGGAAGGACCACCUGUAAAAUAUGCAACAAAGUUUUCUCUAUAGUGAAUGCUUUGAAGAGACACAUGAUACUUGUACAUCAAAUCAAUGUUUAAAAAAUAAAAUAAAAUAAAAGUGACUGAUUCCGCUGAAUACGGCCACUUCUUCUAAAUUUUUCUCUGAAUCAGACUGCUUCACGAUUUGUUUUAGAUAUCCUUCCCUCACGGAGCCCUGCCUUUGUUUCCUCUGAAGUAUUUUCCUGUCAUAUCUGCAACCGCAUCUACAAAAGCCAUCGAAGUAUGACGAAUCACCUCAAAAGUCACACCGGAAGGACCACCUGCAAAAUAUGCAACAAAGUUUUCUCUGUAGUGAAUGCUUUGAAGAGACACAUGAUACUUAUACAUCAAAUUAACGUUUUAAAAAUGUAAUAAAAUAAAAGUGACUGAUUCCGCUGAACCGGCCAAUUUUUCUGAAUGUUUCUCUGAAUCAGGCUGCUUCACGAUUUGUUUUAGAUAUCUUUCCCCAACGGAGCACCGCGGUCGUUUCUUCUGAGGUAUUCUCCUGUCGUAUCUGCAACCGCAUCUACAGAAGCCAACAAAGUUUGAUGAAUCACAUGACAAGUCACACCGGAAGGACCACCUGCAAAAUAUGCAACAAAGUUUUCUCCAUAGUGGGCGCCUUGAGGAGACAUAUGAUUCUCGUACACGGAGCGUUGCAUCAUAGAUAAAACGGAAUAGACCCGUAAAAAAAAAAAAAAAACUGCUUAGUUUUCAGAACCUCUUCCACUUCUCUCGAUUCAUCAAGUGUCAAGACAGAGUUGCCACAGUCAGGAAAUACCGGGAAACGUCGGAGAAUUUUAAGAAGUCAGGGUAAACCCGGAAAUGUCCGGGAAUUCGACCAAAAUUUGUCAGGGAAUUUCAUCUUCUACAUCCUGUGGCAACCCUGUCAAGAGUCCACUGGGUUUUCCUUCGUUGUACUGACCUGAAAAAUAUAGAAUAUACAAGCU